AGCCUCUUCCGGGUCAGAUGACCGUGCGCGGCCACGUGACUUCACCCUAUUGCGGGCGGUGGAAGGCGGAAGUGGAUAGGAGUUGGGCGCCGCUUCUGUGGCCGCAGCAGUUUCCUGGUGAUGACAUGGCAUCUGCCAGUUCUAGCCGGGCAGGAGUGGCCCUGCCUUUUGAGAAGUCUCAGCUUACUCUGAAAGUGGUGUCAGCAAAGCCCAAGGUGCAUAAUCGUCAGCCUCGAAUUAACUCGUUUGUGGAGGUGGCCGUGGAUGGACUCCCCAGUGAGACCAAGAAGACGGGGAAACGGAUUGGGAGCUCGGAGCUUCUCUGGAAUGAGAUCAUCAUUUUGAAUGUCACGGCUCAGAGUCAUUUAGAUUUGAAGGUCUGGAGCUGCCAUACCUUGAGAAAUGAACUGCUAGGCACCGCCUCUGUCAACCUCUCCAGUGUCCUGAAGAACAAUGGGGGCAAAAUGGAGAACACGCAGCUGACCCUGAACCUGCAGACGGAGAACAAAGGCGGUGUUGUCUCCGGUGGUGAGCUGACAAUUUUCCUGGACGGGCCGACUGUUGAUCUGGGAAGCGUGCCUAAUGGCAGUGCCGUGACAGACGGAUCACAGGCACCUUCGAGAGAAUCCAGUGGGGCAGCUGUCACUUCAGAGAGCCGGCACCAAGUCCCCAGCACAAACUGCUUUGGUGGGAGAUCCCGGGCGCACAGACAUUCAGGUGGUUCAGCCAGAACAACCACAGCAACCGGAGAGCAAAGCCCUGGUACUAGUAACCGGCACCGCCAGCCCGUCAAGAACCCAACCCACAGUGGCUUGGCCAAUGGCACAGUGAACGACGAACCUACCACAGCCACUGAUCCUGAAGAGCCCUCGGUCCCUGGUGUGACAUCCCCACCUGCUGCAGUGACGAGUGUGUCCCCGAACCCCACCACCGCAUCUCUCCCUGCCCCGGCCACGCCGGCUGAAGGGGAGGAACCCAGCACCUCGGGCACACAGCUGCUCCCGGCUGCUGCCCAGGCACCCGAUGCCCUGCCUGCCGGAUGGGAGCAGCGAGAGCUGCCCAAUGGGCGUGUCUAUUAUGUUGACCACAAUACCAAGACUACCACCUGGGAGCGGCCUCUUCCUCCAGGCUGGGAAAAACGCACAGACCCCCGAGGCAGGUUUUACUAUGUGGAUCACAACACUCGGACCACCACCUGGCAGCGCCCCACAGCUGAGUACGUGCGGAACUACGAGCAGUGGCAGUCCCAGCGCAGCCAGCUCCAGGGCGCCAUGCAGCACUUCAGCCAAAGAUUCCUCUACCAGUCUUCGAGUGCUGCGACUGACCAUGACCCACUGGGCCCCCUCCCUCCAGGCUGGGAGAAGAGACAGGACAAUGGACGGGUGUAUUACGUGAACCACAACACACGCACCACCCAGUGGGAGGACCCUCGGACCCAAGGGAUGAUCCAGGAACCAGCUCUGCCCCCAGGGUGGGAGAUGAAGUACACCAGUGAGGGCGUACGCUACUUCGUGGACCACAACACCCGUACCACCACCUUUAAGGAUCCACGCCCAGGGUUUGAGUCUGGGACGAAGCAAGGCUCCCCCGGAGCCUAUGACCGAAGUUUUCGGUGGAAGUAUCACCAGUUCCGCUUCCUCUGCCAUUCGAAUGCCCUCCCCAGCCACGUGAAGAUCAGCGUUUCCAGGCAGACGCUUUUUGAGGAUUCUUUCCAACAGAUCAUGAACAUGAAACCCUAUGACCUGCGCCGCAGACUCUAUAUCAUCAUGCGUGGAGAGGAGGGCCUGGACUAUGGCGGCAUCGCCAGAGAAUGGUUUUUCCUCCUGUCCCACGAGGUGCUCAACCCCAUGUAUUGUUUAUUUGAAUAUGCUGGGAAGAACAAUUACUGCCUGCAGAUCAACCCUGCCUCCUCCAUCAACCCCGACCACCUCACCUACUUCCGCUUUAUUGGCCGAUUCAUUGCCAUGGCUCUGUACCAUGGGAAGUUCAUUGACACAGGCUUCACCCUCCCUUUCUACAAGCGGAUGCUCAGCAAGAGACCAACCCUGAAAGACCUGGAAUCCAUCGAUCCCGAAUUCUACAACUCCAUCGUCUGGAUCAAAGAGAACAGCCUAGAAGAGUGUGGUCUAGAGCUGUACUUCAUCCAGGACAUGGAGAUCCUGGGCAAAGUGACAACCCAUGAGCUGAAGGAAGGUGGCGAGAGCAUCCGGGUGACAGAAGAGAAUAAGGAAGAGUACAUCAUGCUGCUGACUGACUGGCGUUUCACCCGGGGCGUGGAGGAGCAGACCAAAGCCUUCCUGGAUGGCUUCAACGAGGUGGCCCCCCUGGAGUGGUUGCGCUACUUUGAUGAGAAAGAGCUGGAGCUGAUGCUGUGCGGCAUGCAGGAGAUAGACUUGAGUGACUGGCAGAAGAACUCCAUCUACCGGCACUACACCAAGAACAGCAAGCAGAUCCAGUGGUUCUGGCAGGUGGUAAAGGAGAUGGACAAUGAGAAGAGGAUCCGGCUGCUGCAGUUUGUUACCGGGACCUGCCGCCUGCCUGUUGGGGGAUUUGCUGAGCUCAUUGGUAGCAAUGGACCACAGAAGUUUUGCAUCGACAGGGUUGGCAAGGAAACCUGGCUGCCCAGAAGCCACACCUGCUUCAACCGCCUGGAUCUCCCGCCAUACAAGAGCUACGAACAGCUGAAAGAGAAGCUGCUAUACGCCAUUGAGGAGACUGAGGGCUUUGGACAGGAGUAACUGAGGCCGCCCCCUCCCACGCCCCCCAGCGCACAUGUAGUCAUGAGUCCUCCCUGCGUGAGAGGCCAGGGGUCGCGCAGCCCCUGGGAGGCCCCUGCAGGUGACCUGCAUGGGACCACACUGUCAUCAGGCUGGUAGCGGCAGAGCCUGCCUAACUUUGGAAGGCCCUGCCUACCCACCUCCCUCCUACCCACUGGUGGCAGUCUGGAAUAAAGUCACCUUUGGCCCCAUCACCCAUUGCAAAGUCUAGAGGGCUGACCCUCCCUGCAAAGCUCUCCCUUCCUCUCCUCUAAGACUGACCCUAGGUGUGCAUGAGUGUGCAAGGGAGGGUGUCCUGGGCCGAGGGACAGCUGCACAAGCCUUGGGCCUCAUGGGCUAGUUAGGUGAGAAGGAGACUGGCCACUCGGGAUAGCUGUUCUGGGCUGAGAAGGCCCAGGAUCUUGGCCAGUGAAAGAGGUUCUGUUCUACAGAGAGCUUUCCCAGUGAUCUGUAUAAAACGGAGGUCCGAGGGGGGAGCUGCUCCGGCACCCAGAGCGCUGCAUGACGGCCGCCUCGCUUCCUUCCCAUGGAGGCUGCGCAGCACCCUUCUCCCUCUGCUCAGUGCUGGCUGUUUUGUUCUUUCCAGCAAAUGAAGGCUGGUACCAGCUGUUUGGGUGUUAUCGGUGGGAUGGAAACAGCAGCUCCUCAGACUGCUCCUUUGACAUGAACUUGAAGCCUUUGUGUGUAGGGCUGCUCUGUGUUCUGGAGUUGGCAUGCUGCUGUCACUUUCUGUCAAGGAACUGGGGUACCUGGGUCCCUCCAGGCCCCAGCAUGGUUGGUCCAGGAAUUUCCCACAUAGCUGGUUUUCUCCAACAGCGGUUCUUCUUAGGAACCCGAGUAGCAGUUCUGACCUGGUGGCUCAGCUGCACAGCGGUCCAGUCCCCGAGCCUUGACAGACAGGGAAGGAGGUGGUGUCCCAAGUGCCACCCUAGCCUUGCGGCCUUCAGUAGAGAACUCCCUUUGCUAGAUGUAGUUGCCAGGAAGCCCCAGGUGAUGGAGCCUGUGGGCCUGACCCUGUUGUUUCCUGCCAGCCCCUAAGGCUCUAGGCGGACCCUUUUAUCCCAUGUUGAAAAUGGAGUGCAUCUGUCCAUCCAGAGCGUAUUCAUUCUGCCUUGAAGCGAGGCUUUAUCUGCAAGGAAAAUAUUCCUUUAUCUGCAAGGAAGCGAGGAAAGAAUGCUUUUGGAAACCAGCGCAAGGGCCUUUAGCUCCUUGACUUGAUUUGUGGAGCUCCUGCUGCCUCCAGUGUGGCAUUCUGCCUUGUGUUGAGAGCUGCAUGGUGAACAUAUUCCUUUGUGAGGCCCGAGUGGUGGGGAUUGUCGUGAGCUCCCGGUCUAGGCCCCUGAGGUUCUAGCGCUGAUCACCAGCUGCCGCCUGGCUCGAGCUUCCUAGGACCCCAGGUGGGCCCUCAGACUGGUCACAGGACAGUGUCGUGCGCUCACAUCCUCGUCCUUCCCCUGGUGCACAGAGGGACAGAGGUGUCCACUGUGUUGCCAGUGCUGAUGUGAGAGGCUCAGGUCACCGCAGCUCAACCUUUUUUCUUUCCCUGAAUCAUUUGCUGUACUUCCCUGCAGCGUCCCACCAUGUUGGUAGGGAGCAAGCUGCAGUGUGGGGUUGGAAACCUCAUGCUCAUGGGUGUGAAGAGUAUGCUCAUGUACAUGCGUGUGUGUGUGUGCAUACAUGUGUAUAACAGGUGUCUGUACAGAAUGCCCUCCGGUAGCUCUGGGUUGGUCACCAGAUUGUUUUGUAAUGCCCACCUCCUUGCCUCAGUUUUGCCAGUUUCUCGUGCAAUAAACAAUCAGCAGCCGUGGGCAGUGUU